AUGUACCCUACAAGGCCUGGAUUUGGCACUCCUAAGAUACUAGGGCAGAAGAUGCUCUCUUCGCGCCUGCUUCGAACACGGCAAGGAAUACUGAAUCCGGAAGCUCUAUCCUAG